AUGGAGCAAAUUAAUCCAAAAAUAAGAUAUCAAUCAGUACGUUUUCAUGAUACACUUGUGCAAAUUCAAACAAUUGUCUUUAAUGGUAUUGAAUGUUUAUGUUUGGAAGAUGUACAACAUCGUUUUCCAUAUAUUACUGUUCUAUGUAUUGAUAAUAUUCAAUUAGCUUUUCUUCGUGAUAAUAAUGGUAUUCAACUUACUCCCUUACGUAUUGAAGCAUGUCCAGAUAAAAUUAUUGAAGCUAUUGAACCUAUUGGAAAAUCUAAUGAUGUAGUUCAUACAUUCAUUAAUCGUAUUGAUACAAAAAUGCAAGAGAUGAAUAAAAAGACUGAUCUUAUACUUGCUAAUACACAAGAAACUCUACAUCGAAUAAAACAUCUCAUGACAUUAAUGUAUGAAUUACAUGAAUAUACAACUCCACAUUAUUUUAUUAUUCUUCCAGUUAAUGAUCAUAGUUGGACAUCGAUAAAUGGUAUACAAAAUUUAUUUCUUCUUCAAUAUAAACUAUAUUUCUUAUGUGAAUGUUCGGAUGAACCUGAUAAAUUACAUAUUGCUCCACAUGAUGGAUAUACAAUUAAGCAACCAAAAGAAUUUAUUGCUCAUUAUGGUUCUUAUUUACGAACAACAUUACAAAUUGCUCGAGGUUUACUUUCAAUAGGAGGUUUUAUUAUUCCUCAAUCAGAAAAUAUAUCAACUGUCGUAGCUAAUACUCUACCACGAUUUAUCAAAGAACCAACAAAUUAUGAUGAUGUUAAUAAUAAAUUAGAUGUUGUUGAAAAAGUACUCGAUCAAACUAAUACUGAAGUUACACAUAUUGAUUCAUCUAUGAUUCAAAAAGCUAUACUACCAGAAACUCCAUUACAAGGUGCACAAUUACGUGAACUUGAAGUCUUUUUAGAUCGUGUAGAUGAUAAACAUAGUUUAGGAAAUCUUUAUCGAACUAUAACUGAUAAUGGUCAUGUACGAUGGGUUUGUUUAGAACAUUAUAAUACUAUUGGUUUUAAUAAUAAAAUGUCGGAAUAUAUUCGACAAUUUGAAUCUAUAGGUGGAAAAUUUAAUAUGCAAAGAAAAGAAGCUAUUUUAACAGGAAAUUUAACAACAAAACAUGUGAAUUUAUUUUGUGAUGCUUUAAAAAAUGGUUUUACAAUGUUAACUCUUAUUCUUCAAAAUUGUUCAGUUGAUAUAAAAGAUCUUGAUAAAUUAUUUGAUACAAUUAUUAAUCGUUCUUCUAUACAUCAACUUGUUAUUUUUACUAUUGAAGUUCGUAAAUGGAAAGGUAUAUCAAAAUUUAUUUGUGAUCAUAUCGAAAUUUAUUUUAAAAAUCAAUCAUUAAAAGUUCAUUUUUCUACAAAUAAUCAAAAUGAAUCUAUUAAAUUAUUUAUUCAAAUUUUAAAACAAAAUAAAAUAUGUCGAACAUUAAAUAUUUUUGGUUAUGAUCUUUUAAUAAAUGAUCAAAAUUUUCUUAAAGAUAAUCAAGAAUUAACAACAUUAUCCAUCAGUCAUUUUAUGAAUAAUGAAUUUUUAAAUAAAAUUCUCACUUCAAAUUUUUUAUUACGUCGAUUAAAAUUAAGUUUUUGGUUAAAUUCAUCUUCAACUCUAUAUACUCUUUGUCAAGCAAUUCAACAAAAUAAUACAUUAGUAGAACUUGAUAUUAUGGAUCAUACAUCUGCCGAUGAUAAAACCGGUACUAUUGAACUUUUAAAAAUCUUACGAAAACAUAAAUCUAUUAAACAUCUUCGUCUUCAUGUUUAUCAUAUAGAAUUGUCAAAUGAAAAUGAAACUUAUCUUAUCGAUUCAUUAUUACAUGAUACUUUCAUAACUCAUUUACGUAUAUCUCAAUCAAUUAUAUCUCAUGAAUUAAUGACAGCAAUUAUUCAUGCUUGUCAAGAACUUCAUUCAUUAAUUCAUCUUGAAUUUUACAAUAGUCAGCUGAAUGAAGAUGAUAUUUCUAAAUUACAAUUAUUGCAUACGAAUGAAAAUUUAACUUAUUUAUCAAUAUCCGAACAGGAUUAUUGGUCAAUAGUAGCAACAGAAUUUCAUAAUGAGUUUCCACAAUAUCAAAAUAUAAAACUUGAACAAAAACUUGAACAAUAUAAUAAUCAUGCAUCAAUAUGUUUAGAUGAAAUGGAAUUAAUCGAUGAAGAUAUGAAUAUAAUAGUUAAACAAGUUAUUAUUAAUAAGCAAUGUCAAUUACUUUCUUUACAAUCAAAUAAAAUUACAUCAAUUGGUAUUUCAAUUUUAGCUAAUGCACUAAAUAAUAAUCAUACAUUAGAAACAUUAAAACUUGGAAAUAAUUAUAUAUCUGAUAAUGGAGUCAAUUCUCUUGUUAAAAUACUUUCAAUUCCUAAUAAUAAUACUGCUCUUACAACACUUGUUCUUCGAAAUAAUGGAAUUACUGAUCAAGGUGCAGAAUAUCUUGCUGAAUUACUUAAAAUCAAUCAUACAUUAAGUUGGUUAUAUCUUGAAGAAAAUCAAAUUCGUGAUGAUGGAGUUCGACUAUUAGCUAAAACACUUGAAAAUCAAAAUAAUACACUUAAAAUGUUAGUACUUUCUUCGAAUAAAUUAAUAACUGAUACAAGUAUUGAUUAUCUUAUUCCGAUGAUUCAACAAAAUCAAACAUUAAAAAAAUUAUGGAUUGAUAAUUGUAAUUUAUCUGAAGCAGGAAAACAGAGACUUGAUGAAAUACAACAAUCAAGACAAGAUUUUUAUAUAAGAAUGUAA